CCUGGGUGAUUGGGGAACCUCGCCUGAUCAUUGAUGCCAUGUCUUAGUUAUAGAGCGCAGGCUGUCACCCAUAUUUAAGAUCUGUCACAAUUUGUUUAGAGGCAAUGACCAGACGUCUCAUACGCUUUUCAGGAUUAACAGUAGCUUAUUAUCACCACAAACCCAAUGGCGACCGAUUGCACGCAAGAAACAGUGUUACGGUUCCUAAUGGAGAGAGGAGGUACCGUGAAGAACCUGGAAUUGAUCGAUCAUUUUAAAGCGGUUUUGACUUCAGAUCCAAAUAAGAAAGAAAUGAUGAAGGAUGCUUUUAAAAUGCACGUGGACAAUGUAGCAUUUGUGAAGCUCGAGGAUGGGACUAAAUAUGUGUGUUUGAAAAAGAAAUACAGGGGGUCGAUUAGGGAGGAUAAAAACACCAUGUGUGGAGACAAUGGCAGUGAGAGGAGCGAGCAGUCUGUAAUUAACUGUGAAAAUGAUGCUCUCACCAAAAACAUGCUCGAAGGCAGCGCUAUCCACAACGUUCCUCAGAUAAACCUCAGCGACUGCAACAAGGCAGAAGAGCGCUCUUUGGAAUUUGCGGGCAACGAUGAUGCAAAACAAGAAAUACCACCUGGCUCAGGUUACAGAAGUGACAACAGCAGGGAGGUGGAACGGUCACUCGCUCGAGAUAGUUCUUCUGACGGAGUGCAUGCAUCUUCGACAGCCUUGCUAGUUCCCGAAUCUAACAAUCGUUCGAAAAUGGGGAAUAACAGCAGCUGUGCGCCCGUGAAAAAGCGUGACGAGCCGUCCGAGGGAAAACAGCAUACGAGCGACCAGAGUAUACCCAAGAUCGCCGUGAUUGAGGCGUCUCCCUUGCCCGCCGCUUCCGAUGGGACCAUGUUCAGCCUUCCACAACCUGUGCAUUUGCCACAGCACGAUGGGACUUUGUCCGAAGCCGAUGCGUUUGAUGACCACAACUCAAAAAAGUAUUCUGAAGCGGUGCCCUCAAACCCACAGGGGCCAGAGAAAUCGUACGAGGACAUUUUAAAAGGUGUCGUGAGGAGGAGAAAAUCUGGAGGGUCCCAGCGCAGUGUGGGCUCAAACAUAUCGGAAGGAAGCGACGAGGGGCAUUUUGACACAACAAGCAUGUCCGGGAGUGACACCAAUACCCCGCGAGGCAGCCGUAAAAAUUUUAUUGAGUUAAUGAUGAACAGUUCGCCACAGGUACGACGCAGCAUGGUGCUUAGAAACUCGGUUUAUCUCUCUGCAAGACAUAAGGAUUCAAGGAGCGAUAGCGAGACGGGUUCUAUCGUGUCCUCGAUCACAGAUGACGAGAGCACCCCGGUCUCAUUGGACCCUAUGGAACAUGAGUGGAUGAUGUGUGCGUCUGACGGGGAGUGGGAGAGCCUGCACCGGCUCCUUGCCUGCGAGCCGAACCUAAUCUCGAAGAAGGACUUUGUCACGGGAUUCACCUGCCUCCACUGGGCAGCUAAGCUUGGCAAGCAGGAACUUUUGGCUUUGCUGGUGAACUAUGCCAAGCAGCAUGCUGUGCCAAUUAACAUCAAUGCCAGGUCAAGUGCUGGCUAUACUCCUCUGCACUUGGCAGCUAUGCACAACCAUGUUGAUGUGGUGAAGCUACUUGUAGGGGCUUAUGAUGCAGAUGUGGAAGCCCGAGACUACAGUGGGAAAAAAGCUUGUCAGUACCUUCCCAAAAGUGUGGCUCGAGAAAUAUGCGAGAUUACAGGGGGGCAUGAGGAGUCAGACAUAGAGAACAAUGACUACGGUGAGUCCAGUCGAUGGAGGCUGUCAAAGGUCCUCCAGUCCAACCUGAGGCCCCUGAAGCUACUUAACCACAGUGAGGAGGACGUCCAAGACGGUGCCAGCGCUACUAGGGUAAAGCCUUUGCGCAGGAAGUCCUCGCUGAGCAAGAUGAAGCCCAAGCUGCACAAGAUCCGCUUCAGGACACAGAUAGUCCACAGCACCUCGUUCAGUGACAGGCAGCUGAGCGAGGUGGCUCGCCAUAAAAGUCCACCUCGGACCAGGCCCAUGUCAAGCCUGUUUGGGUGAGCCGAAACCAGCAGAAUAUUUGCCCAUUUACAUUCCCUCAUAUUCUCACUAUGGGUUGUGAUUGUAAUUCUAGUAUAUGUAGCAAAUCUAUUCUAACUGUGUCCUUUUUCAUCAUUGCUUUAGGCUACAUUAACUGUACUCAAGUACUAACAAAGGUCUAACAGUAAAGCCAGCUUAUAAGCCUGAGGCUGUAGUUGUUUGGGAGUAGCCUGCUGAAAACUCAUUUCUACUUGGAGUAGGAACCUUAAUAUUUGAAACCUUUCAGAAGAGUGGUGACGUUUUGACAACAUUUUAAAUCUCUUUGACAGGGACCAUUCCCUGGUCAGUUAGCUUAUAACCAAAGCUUACAUAGUAAAGGCCCCAUUGGACCUGUUAAGUAGCCUGGAACACUGACAAAGGAUUUUAGUGCCACACGGUCACAUGUGGUGUUAAAUCACGUUGUAUUUUGUAACAAGGUCUUAAUCUAAACCAAAGCCCUGGUGAACUGCAGGCCUGAAUCUCCUACUGAACGUUACUACUGCGGGCCACAGUAUGUCAGACAGGAUGAGGCGGGGUGUAAUAAGACUAGGUUACUCUAUAUUGUGUGAUAAGAGACUGAAUUACUUCCAAACAAUUGCACAUGUCCAAACAAGAAAUGUGCACAGAGUGAGGAGUGUGGAUUGAAAUACACUAAGACUUACUAUAUACUAUAUACUAUAUAAGAAGAAUAGUGUAGAUGUUGGCAGCUGUAACAUUGCUAAAGGUGUUAAAUGACAUUUGAUUUGAUGAUGUUGAAAUUCAACACAUCAGAACACUAUACCAAUAUCUCAUAUUCCAAUCACUAUCCAGUGAGUACAAUGAGAGAACAAUCUGAUAGCUUUGCUUGCUUUACUUUGUUUAUUUAAAACCAGCACUUAAAGUGUCUGCCCACGCUGGGUAUUAAUCUCACUGGGCUCUUUUCUGCUCAAGGGCUGCAUUUCUCAGUUCUCGGCCCUGAUUGGGUAUCUGUAGGCUGUUUUGCAAGACUUCUCUUUCAUUAUUACUCGUGUUCCGUGACAAGUGCAUGGCAAGUAUUUCUGAGGUUGUUGCCCCAGCAAGUUCGCUCACCUCAGGUACGUCACCGGCAAGCCAAAGCUUGCUGAUAGUGAGGGAUGGGAAUGGAAGGGAGCCUGUGCAGAAUCAUGGGGGUUGAACUGAGCGCACUCCUAUAGCACCAUCAGAUGGCUGUGCUGUGUUUGUCUCAUGGAGGUCCCUAUAGACCCCCACUCUCUACCCCCUAGUACACUGUGCAGCCAUGCAGUCAACAACACCCCCACUCCACCCAUCCCAUCCCAACCCCCAGACCUAGAAACGCCAUGUUAGCAGUUCUCUCAUUAAAAAUGCUGCCUGCAUUGUCAGGCUCUCAGUAAUUGAGGGUUAGGGGUGACGGGGGGGAGGGGAGGGUGAGUGGGGAGUGGCUGUCUGGCACAGAAUUCUGGCUGACAGUUUUUAAAGGCAUAGUCCAUGAUAUUUGGUGUUUUGUACUUAGAUGUUACUUGUAUUGUUAUUCCCUAUAUUGUCAAAACAUGGAAUUACAGAUUGUUCACUGUGGUGUGCUCUCCACUGAUUUAUUUACUCUUUGUUACUGUUUGCCGCAAAGGAGGCACGAUUUGUACUAGGGGAUCUGUGAAAACACACAGAGAAAGUUUUCUCCCCAUAUGACUGCAUACCCAAGGACAAACAUAGCUACAGUAAAUGGAGGGGGAAAUGAUUUUUGAAAUCACUUUGGUAACAUGUGAUUUAAGGUCAGUAUUUUAUAGUCAUAUUAUGUGACCUGUUAUGUGAAAAACAUAGCCUGUGCAAACUGGAUGCAACCAGUCUGAUUUACUGGCCUACUAUUAUAUCAUCACUUUCGUGAUCUGGAUUUGUUUCUUAACAGAACAGUUGAUUUGCUCACAUUCCUGCAUUUUUAUUGUGUUCUUUUACUAAUUUCUUGGCACUUUGUUUAGAGUAUUAAUAUAUGAAUUAAUGUCCAUAAAUACUGGUACAAAUGUUUAUUGUUAUUUUUUUUAUAUUUCUAAACAAGAUGUGUUAUAUCAUUCAUAACACUCACACUGUAAUAUAUAAUUUGUUACAUAUUAUGUGAAAUAGCUCACAUAGCAUUAAUGUUUCUUUGAUAAGGGCUGGUACCUAGAAUGCCAAAUAAUAAUCUAUUCUAUCUCAGGAUUUUUUUCUUAUCAGAUUGUUUUGGGUUCACAUGAAAACAUUUUGAUAUGCCACUAUCUCAAAGUAGUCUUUUGAGAAGCUCUCCUGAGAACAACCUGGAACAACUGGAAGAUUUUUUUAAAACGUAGGCCUAAUUCUGCUGUCAUCUGUACGGUUGAACAGAAUAACUCCAUGCUAACAUUUGAGGAGUGAAUCUUGAAAUAAAGAAAUAAAAAUUGUUUU